AUGUGGCUGAAGAGUUUAUUUUUAUUAUGCUGCACAGUUGCGCUUGCACUGUCUGAAGAUGCUAAACACACACCAGAGUACGUUAGCAUAAGGUCUACGCCCGAAGCUGUUCGAGUCGCUCCGAGUUCAGACUUCGUAACCUCCCACAAGCUGCCGGAAGGUAUCCCCUACCCGUCAGACGACGCCGAGGACCCCUCUGACGCCCCCACCCGCGCCCAACAAAAGCAAGAAGUGAUCCAGCGUAUCCAAAAAUUGGACUCCAAACUCCAGCCCCUCAAGCCUGUCUCUCAGAGCCUGGACCCACUGAACCCCCUGAACUCUCCGAACGACUCCACCAACACAAACUCGAAGCGUCAAGCUCGAGUCCAACUAGAAACCUUCAGCUCUACCGGUUUUAUCCCCGAAGAAUCCCUCAAACUCAGCUCUGGCUUUCGAAGACACGACCAAGACUUCGACGAAGAGGAUGAAGAACCCCUGAAAACCGCUCACAAGUACCGACCAAACCCCCGCGAUGAUGAUCACCUCUCAGGAGUUCAAGUCAGCGCUGAGUAUCCCACCACAAUGCGCCCAAUACUAACCACAGAGCGUCAACAAUACUCAAGGGCAUCCUUCGACUUCGUCCCAGUGAACAUAAUCAGGGAGGACAGCAAGGACAACUGGACCCCCUUCGCCAACCGCAACUUCGAUGACCUUGGUGAUGUGAGUUUAGUGCCAGCAGGAUCAAACUCGCGGAUACAAAUCAAGAAGGGACCAAAUGGAAAAGAUUACGAGUACGAGUACGUUUACUAUUAUUACGACGAGGAGGAGGAGGGUAAGGCAGGGGCUGCGAGCAGCAACCAGGAGGGCAUAAGAACGACCCCAUCAUCGUCACCAUCAUCUCGAAGGAGUGGAUCAUCCGGUAGAAGUAAAUACAGUUCCGUUGAUCGUUCGACAACUGCCGAACCUGUCAGCAAUGAAGUUCUGCCUAACAGGGUUGGCAACAGGGGGAGGAAUCUGGAGAAUGAGGAGGUGAACGAAGAGAGACUACCGACAAAUACGAGGUUUCCUCCAAGAUCGAGGUCCAAUCAUAAUACUGGGACGACUGAACCAAGUAGAAAUAGGGGGAAUAGGCCUAGACCGAAUUUGGAUCUGGUGGAUUCUAGUAGCUUUAGAACUCAUCAGGAGGGACCUGAGUUCCCGCAGACUCUGCCGAAGGGACCUGUCAGGUUCUUGGGAGUCACUCCUAAUGAGAGUGGCGAUGGCGGAAGGACGAGAGGCAGACCGCACAGGGUGCAGGAACCUGCGCCGGUUGCGGAGAGGGAAGAGGAGGACAGAAAAAGACCUGCUGCUGAACCUGCGCUUGAAGUAGAAUUGAAUCGUGGCCAGCCAUCGCGACCGCCACCUGCAGAAGAUGAGGAAACCUCCACCUUCUCAGCCCUCAGAGAAGACAAACUCGGUGAGGAGAAAAUCCUCGAGACCACAACAUUAGACACUCCUACAACUGAAUAUCCAUCAGCCAUGGACAAAGUCGCCCUCGACCUCUACGCAUUCCUCCAGCAGGGUCAGAGUAACCUGGUGGACAGUGCAACUGAUGCUGAAGACUCCAACGAGAACACGACUCUAGUGGAUGACGACUCGACUACAAAUCUUCCCACGACAACUGAUGGAAAUCCAACGACUAUUGAAGCAAUAACCACCACUGAGGCCACUACCACCUCAACAACUACAACAACGACAACUACGGAGGCCCCAACAACUCCAGUAUUACCUGGAAGGGGAAAAUUCCGGAGACCUGGGGUACCUGGUGGUGCUGGCAAUCGGAAUAGAUUCAAAUCCAGUGGCUCCUCAACAACAACAGAGAAUCCCUCCCCAGCCGAGCCAACUCAAAGAAGAAAUCGAUUCGGAGCUAACUCCGGAGGCUUCAAGCGCCCCAGACCGGGUUCAAAGGCCCCAGCACAGGAGGAAGAAGUCCGAAAGGAUUCAGCAAGCUCCGUAAACGCAGAGAAACCUGCAAAUGGAAGGAAUAGGUACCGAGGAAAUGGCUCGAAGCCCGCGGUGUCCACAACACCUGCCCCGGCAACACCGUCAUCAUCAUCAUCGUCGUCGUCGUCAGGAGUUCCUCGUCCAACUUUCAACAAAAUUAACCUGAAUCGACGAAGAGGAAGGCCCACGACUCCACCUCCAAGUGCUAAUGAGGAGAAUCAGGAGGCAGGUGAGACUGGUGGCACUGAGGGGAGCUCAGAAGCAUCGACAACGACCAAAUCACCAUUGAGACCUAGACUUCCUGGUGUUGGACCGAGGCCUGUCAGACCUGGUGCUAAAAUCAAUCUGAGAAGACCUGGACAGCCAACUACGACCACGGCAACUCCUGAAGUGCAGGAGGGCACGCUGGACGAGCCUGCUGGAGAGGGAACUGAGGAGGAAACUCAUGAGACACCAGCAGAGACGGUUCCCCCAACGAAGCACACAACCCUGAACCCACUGAAUAAACUUCGCAAUAGGAAUCGCCUGCAAGUGCACCCAAAAACAACAACUCGAUCACCACUGCCAACAGCCCCAAGAAAAUCCCCCCUCCUCCCCCGUCGCAGAACCACAGAAGCACCAGUGGUGGAGUCCACCCACGAGGAGGCAGCUACUGAGGGGAACCCAGCUCCAGAGGAGACCGAAGUUACUGAAGGAGCAUUGCCCGAGACCAGUACUGCUGCUAGCAGUAAACACGAAGAAGUCAGAGCUCGCACUGGAUUACUAGCUCCCAGGCGCAGGAUAGCACCCAGACGCCCAGGACAAAUCAUCGGCCGUGAAUGAUUUUACUAAUUAUGAAGUAAUGGAGCAGUCAA